AUGAGUAACCAAAAUCCACAAGGCCCACCAUUACUAUCCGGCCCUUUAAGUUCUACCACACCAAGAGCAGGUGAUAAUGCGCCUAAAAUAUUGUGGUGUGGGUCAGAAAAUGAAAUUAAACCAAAAGAAACUUUACAUUUAAAAAAAGUUAUGGUGCAAUUUGAAGCUAAAUUAAAAGGAUUUUGA